AUGCAGAGUACAAAAUAUGUGAGUACAGUUCAUUCAAAACCAAUAAACAAAGUAAAAUUUAAUAAAGAUGGAGAUUUAAUGUUUGCAUGUUCAAAAGAUAACCAAAUAUCAAUGAUAAGAACAGAAGAACCAAAUGUUUUGGGUAUUUUCAAAGGUCAUAACGGUAAUGUGCUGACUUUAGAACCAAAUAACUUUAAUUUAAUUACAGCUUCAUCUGAUUUUACAGUUAAAAAUUGGGACAUAACGACAGGUGAUCAAAUUCAAACAUUCAAAUGUGAUAGUUUGAUACGUGGCAUAUCAGGUCAGGAAAAGCUUUAUUUUUGUACAGAUAAUUCAUUAAAUAGAGAAUGUAAAGUUGGGUUAAUAGACUUGAGAUACAAGAUGGUAAAUACUGUUUUCUUGAGCGAAGUUUCAUUUACAAAUAUUUUUAACAAAGAUGAUAAACUUAUUGUUAGUGAUAAAAACGGAAAUAUUUAUGAGUAUGAUUUGAGAAACGAAAAGAUUACUAAUGUGAAGAAAAUACACCACAAGGAAGUUACUGGACUUGCUCCAUCACAAUGUGGUUCAUUCUUUGUUUCUUCUAGUUCUGAUUUCUCCUUUCAAAUAAUAGACACAAGAACUUUUAAAAUCAUUAAAAGAUUUGAAUCUGACGAGCCUGUCAAUUCAGCCGUAAUUCAUCCUGAAAAUGAAAUGAUCAUUGCAGUUGGAGGAGAAUACGCUAGAAACGUAACAACUACUUACAGAAAAACAUAUUUUGACACAUAUUUCUAUGAUGUCACUACAUGUGAUAAGAUAGGAUUCUAUUCAAACCACUAUGGUACAAUUAAUACUGUUGAUGUAUCUCCCAGAGGAGACUUUAUUGCAUCUGGUGGUGAAGAUUCAUUAGUAUCACUGAUCAAAUUAGGAGAUGAAAUAAAGGCUGCUCCAUUUACUUCAUUAGAGUUAAAAUUUUAG